AUGAAUGUUAGAUUAGAGGAGGCCAGUCAGGACAAGUUGCUUGGAGCAAGAGAAGUAAUGGGUGAGAAGAAAAGGAUGAAUCUGAAUGGCACGAAUAACCAGCCUAACUCAGUUCUCAAACUUCAAUGCAAUUCAGAAUUACCUGGAAAGCUAUUGUACUCUCUCCUCCCAGCUGGAACAGGAGCCCCGCGGUCCCAAGGUUUCAGGGUCCUCUGCUCCUGUUUCCAUAACCAGCUCAUCAAGGGACAGUGGCCAUUUCCACGUGGGAGGGAACGCCCUGGGCCUCAGCAGGUUGCUUCCGCUGGAGGUCGCCAUCUUGGGUUCUGGCGGGACGCCGCUGACCUUAUUGCAGAUGGCGUCUUUGUGUGGGCGUGGACAGUGACGGCAGCUUGGAGUACGCGCCGGGCCAUGGCGGCGGCGGAGUCGGAGUCGGGUCUGUGUUGGGAGAUCGGAGAAGAGGAGGCGGAGGAGGAGGAGGAGGAGGAGGAGGAGGAGGACGACGACGACGUAGAGGAGGAGGAGCAGUUUGUUUUGGUGGAAUUAACAGGAAUUAUUGAUUCCGAUUUUCUCUCAAAAUGUGAAAAGAAAUGCAAGAUUUUGGGAAUUGACACUGAGAGGCCCAUUCUGCAAGUGGACAGCUAUGUCUUUGCAGGGGAAUAUGAAGAUACUCUUGGGACCUGUGUUAUAUUUGAAGAAAAUGUUGAACAUGUGGAUGCAGAAGGCAACGAUAAAACACUACUAAAGUAUAAAUGCCAUACAAUGAAGAAGCUCAGUAUGACAAGAACUCUUCUGACAGAAAAGAAGGAAGGAGAAGAAAAUAUAGGUGGAGUGGAAUGGCUACAAAUGAAGGAAAAUGACUUCUCCUAUAGACCCAACAUGAUCUGUAGUUUUGUACAUGAAAAUGAAGAUGAAGUUAUAGUUCCAGCUCCUGAAAAACCUUUAGAUUUGGAAGAGCAAGAGAUUCAAAUGAAAGACAGUUCAAAUUUGAUCUAUGAACAGGAAAAGCCAAUGCACCUGGGACUACAGGAUCUUGGCCCUCUUGCUGGCACUCCUUCUGAAGUGGAAGGUUCUAUUUUUAUGGAAACUCAAGAUGAUGCCUUAGAAAUCAGUCCUUGAUAAAAAUAUUUCUCCUACCUAGUCAUGAACUUUGUUUAAAAAAGUUUUUAUGUGAAAUAAUUGGCUGUGUAUCUUUCAGUUGGUUCACUGUUUCAUUAAUAAGUUUUGGCCAUAUGAAUACUUUUGAGUUAUAGCACCACUUAAUAUUCCAGACACUGAGGACUGGAAAUAAAUUUUU